CCAACGAAGAAACUUCUUCACAUAUGACUGCACAUAGAUUGGAGAUUAUGAAGGUGCCGAGCUGUUCGUCGUUUGGUUUCUGGAGUUUGCUCGUUUUUUGUAGUCUGUUUGUUUUUGCAAAUGCAAAUAUCCACCAGGAGGAUGAGGAUGAUGCAUGGAUUGAUCCAUAUGACAUGCUCAACUACGACCCGACGACAAAGCGCAUGAGAAAACCCACAGAGUCUGCCAGUUACCCAAAUGUGCCAACCAAGAGGAGGGAAUUCAGCUCAGACUCCUGUGAAGUGCAACAGUGUCCUGAUGUGUUUGACUGCACCAUUAAACUAUGGGUUUUGCAAAAAGAGUUUGAUGAACAGAAAAAGAAGGCGACCACCACCUCUAUAAAUCCAGUGUGUCUUCCAGUAUUCAAGCGAUUCCUUUCCAGGCUCCUUAAAGAAACUUCAAAACUUGGCCUGCCUGAUGAUGGACAGACAUCCAUGCAUUAUGACGCUGAGGUGAAGCUGUCCAAGCAGUCGCUGGUGGAGAUCCAGAAGCUUUUGAAUGAAGAGAACGACUGGACCACUGGAGCCAUGGAUGAGGCUCUCAGUCAAAUUCUGCUCAGAUUCAAACUCCACGAAGCCUGGAAGUGGCAUUUCGAAUAUACAUUUUAUGUAGAUGCUGAUACCGCUCUGAAGGUUUCUUUGAUUGUUCUGAUUGUCGUAGCCAUAAUCAGCACUGAGCUCUGGUCUGUGGUCUGCUGGUUUGUCCAGUUCAGGAGAAUGUUUGCUGUUUGCUUUUUUAUUAGCUUGAUCUGGAACUGGUUCCAUCUUUAUAUGGUUUCCUUUGCAGAACACAAGAAGAACAUUGUGGAGGUGGAGAGCUUCAAUGGCAAAUGCACUGGGCUGAAACAACUGGACUGGAAGGACAGUUUAUCAGAGUGGUACAGACGGACAUGGACUCUUCAAGAUGAUCCUUGCAAAAAGUAUUACGAGGUCCUUGUGGUGAACCCCAUUUUGCUUGUGCCUCCAACAAAGGCUAUCACAGUCACCAUAACCAGUUUCAUCACGGACCCCUUGAAGCAAAUUGGACAGGGAAUCAGUGAGUUCCUCAGAGCCCUGCUGAAGGAUCUACCAGUCACUCUCCAGUUACCUGUACUGCUCAUCAUUGCACUCGCCAUCAUUAUGUUCAUGUAUGGAAGUGCUCAAGCAGCUAUACAUCAAGCAGUCAACUUUCCUCGGCUUGGUGGCCGACGGGACCCGCCGCCUCCUGCUGUAGGACAGCGCCAAGCUCCUCAACUAGAGGAACAUGAGGAAGCUUGGGAAGGAGGCGAUGCUCCACAGCCACUGCAGGUGCACCAGGACAAUAGAAACAGAGUAAAUCAAGCAGGAAACCAAGCAGGUGACCAGGGCAUCAGGGCAGGAGAUGCUCUUGCCCCACAAAACAGACAGGAGGACAGAAGCAUGGAACACCGACAGGAAUUUUCUGGCAUUCCCAGAGGGACUCAGAGAGUAGAGACUGUGCGUGCUACAGGUAACAUGUCCAGCGAUGAUGAGACUGAUUUUCAGCAGUGGACAGAGGAGGUGGAUCCUGGUACAAAGGAAAAUGCAGAGACUGAAGUGAAAGCUGAGGAAAAAGAGAAAACGGCAUCUACUGUGGACAAAAAAGAACAGAAAGACACACGCAGUGCAGACAGAAGUGAGCCUGAAACUAAUGUGCCUUUGGCUCAAACAGUUGGAGCUAAUCAAGGGAAUGAGGGGCUAUCAGCAGAUCUUGCUGUCGAAGAAGUUUAUUCAAGUGUUAAAACUGCAAUAAAAUAG